AUGUCUGUCGAUCGAUCUGAACUGAGAUUCCGGGCGCCAGUCUCAAUGCAGUUGAGCGACGGCUCUCCGUCUUCCAAAACGGCACCUCCCAAUGCUGAGCUGAGUGACCUCUCGCAGACCGAAAUAGCCCUCCGUCGCUUUGCGAUCAAGGGCAACGCUAUUGUCACGGGGGGCGCUGGCGAUAUAGGCUCGGCAUCUUGUCGCGCUCUGCUGCAACAUGGCCUGCAGGGACUGGCAAUUUUCGAUCUACACGAAGACAUUGGCCAGGCUCUUGUCACCAAGCUUGUGGAGGAGUUCCCCAAACGUGCCAUUUCCUUCUUCAAGGUCGACGUCACCAACCAUAAUGAUGUCUCCAAAGCAGUGAAGCUUACAGAGGAAAAUAUUGGGCCGAUCACCACGUGCCUUUGCUUUGCGGGCAUCGCAUUCUCCAUGAAUGCGUUGGAAAUUCCGCCUGAGAAGUGGCAGAAGAUGUUCGACGUCAACACAACAGGUGCCUUUCUCGUCGCACAAGCUACGGCGAAGUGCAUGGUCGAGCGAGGCUCGAGAGGAAGCAUCAUCCUAAUGGCCAGCAUCUCAGCGCACAUCGUCAAUUACCCUCAACCACAAGUCCAUUACAACGCUGCCAAGGCAGCAAUUAUCUCAAUCAAGAGCUCGCUCGCGGCAGAGUGGGCACGAUAUGGCAUCAGGGUCAACAGCAUCAGUCCUGGAUAUAUGAACACGAUCUUGAAUGAAGGCGAAGGUCUUGCUGUAUAUCGAAAGAUUUGGGCAGAAAGGACUCCAUUCGGGCGUAUGGGAGAGCCAGAUGAGCUUUCAGGAGCAGUCAUAUUACUUGCCAGUGAAGCAGGUAGCUAUAUUACUGGAGCUGAUAUUUUGGUCGACGGCGGGAUCAGUGUUUUCUAA